UAGCCUGUGACUUGAAUAAGUGCGCACCAGUCGACAUGGGAGGCAGCGAGUCGUCCUUCAAGCGGAACUACGAAGAGACGGUGUCACAGCUGUCCACCGUGCAGCUGAGGGAGAUCACCACCCACUUCCACGAAGUGUACGCCAAGGCUGGUGGGUCCAAAGGUCACCUGGUAGACCGCGAGGCCUUCUCACAGUACUUCAAGUUGCCGGUGUCAGUUGGGGAGCGAUUGUUCGAGGCGUUUGAUGCACACAGGAACGGGAAGAUAAGUUUCGAGGAAUUUGUGUGUGGUCUGGCAGUCCUUCUCCAUGGCUCCUUCUCCAGCAAGUGCCAGCUCCUAUUCCAGGUCUUCAAUAUCCAUGGAGACGAGGGCAUCAGUCGAGAAGAGCUGGCUACAAUGCUGCACGCCAUCCUUCAGUCUACAAAUACCAUUGUCAUGGCCGUCUCCCAGAUGGGAGGAGGAGGAGGAGGGGGAGGAAGGAGUGCGGUGAUGAAGGGAGAGGACAGGGAACAGGCCAUAAGAGCCAUGGUGGACUCUGCCUUCCGCAACUGUGACAUCACUGGGACUGGCAAACUACUGCCUCUGGAGUUUGAGUAUUGGGUGAGGAGACACCCGCAGAUCCUGGACACUCUCCUCUCGUUCGAGCCUCGUGAGAGAAGGGGCACCCUCGGUCCCCUCCUCCUCUCCUCCGACGAAGGCCGCUUCACCUCCGACCCCACAAUCUCCGUCCCCCUCCACCCCUCCCCACUC